AUGGCGAUCGAAAGCUUUCAUCGAUUUGGCAGGAGAAAUCGAACCGUUUCUCAUCAAUCCGGUGGUGGGGCAAUCGAUUUGCCUCGCUCCAGAGAUCCUAUAACUCGCGAAUUCAUCACCCCUGUUCCUCCGUCUACGCGAUUCUAUUCAGCGAAACACGCCAGUUCCACGCUGUCCGCCGCCGCUCUCCGGCCAACGCAAAAAUCGCAGAUUCACUUCGGCUUUAACCCGAGAGGCGAUGGCUUCUUUGUUCAAGGAGCAAGCAAAGCUCUCGGCUUAUCGAGAUAG